AUGGCAGGGAAGGGGAAACGGUCGGAUUCCGACACUAGAGACAGACGGGUUUUCAAUAAGCAACCCUGGGUCCGAAAGGGGUUCCAGUCAUAUGUGGACCCGGGGUUUGAUAGGACAGGAGAACUGAGCGACGCCCGCUGCGGGACAACGGAGACUGGAGGCAGGACUGAGGAUCCUCGGGACAAGGCUGAACAAGACCCGCCUACUAACCUUUCGUGUGCAGCAGAGGAAGGCGUGGCUCUGGGGAGCUGCGUUGCUGAUGGGCGGAGACUUCCUUGGAGACUGGAGGCAGGACUGAGGAUCCUCGGGACAAGGCUGAACAAGACCCGCCUACUAACCUUUCGUGUGCAGCAGAGGAAGGCGUGGCUCUGGGGAGCUGCGUUGCUGAUGGGCGGAGACUUCCUGGAGGGGAGGGAGGGAGGGAGAAUUGCCCGCCUUCUGGAACGGGCUGCCCUGCGCGUGGGGUGCCCGCGCAAAUCGCAGGUGUCCUCAAGGAGCAUUGUUCUGACAACUAAAAGGAUGGGGAUUGAAUCGAAGGCGACAUUCGCUUACAAGCAGCGUCAUCUACACAUCAACUUUAUUAGUCAUCAUAGCAGUCUUCUUGGCGCUUACUCAGGGCACGUCUGCACUGCCAACGCUCUGGAAAGCGAACGAAGCCGUUGUGGAGUCAUGGACAGAGCCCUCAGUAUGGGAACGUGAUGGUACUGCACAAACUGAGCCAGAUUGGGACCAAAUUUGCGAGGA